GUAAAUAGUAUGUGGAAGUGGGAAGUAUUCACGCUUGUGGUACUGAUCACUUUUUCGGCGGCAAAGUGCUUUUCUGAGAAAGUAGAUUGCUCCAUAAAUGGAACGCAGGCGGAUGAUUGUCCCACAGCUUGUCCAGAAACGUGUGAUUCCAAGAGCAAGCCCAAUUGCAUUUUUAUCUGCGGAGGUCCUUGUGUGUGCAAGCCAGGAUAUAUUGUCAAUCGAAUGAUUCCCGCCUGUGUACUGCGAUCUGAUUGUCCAAGAAACUCAUUACCAAAGGGUCGAGCCCGAAGACUAACGAAUUUCAAUUGCUUUAGUGGGGAAAACACAUGCCCUCAAUUAAAACAUGGUAAUAGGCGAAAGGUUGGCUAGCAUACAAAGCAGAGACUAUCAUUGUGUACGAUUAUGGUUUUAAUUCAAAAAUUAAAAAUCCCUUUGUUUUUACAUAUUUAUGUCACAGAACUUUGGUAUCUGCCCUCCUUUAAGUAUUUCAACCGACUGUUGAUGGUACACGUGUGCGGUACAUUUGUUGCUGUACAUUGAUGCACCAACAACCGCAAACUGUUUGGUAUUUUUGCCAUUUUGCAGCGGCGUAAAACUAAAAUCCCCGAAUUAUGCAACAAAAAAUUAAUUAAACACAAUUUAGUUUUGUCCCCUGGAGAUGAACGUGAUCCGCAAAAGGCCGUGUUGCGCGAAAAUCGCUGCGGUUUCUACCCAUAUAUAGUAUAUAUCCCAACCAGUACA